AGUCGACCGACCGGUGGGCGGGCCGCGACCAGAACGAGCCGCCGAGGAAGCGGGGCCACUUCGACAUGGGCCGGCUGGGCGGCGGCGGUCGGCCCCGCUUCGACCCGACCAACAGCAGCCUGGAGCUGCGCAAGGUGCCCGCCGGACUAAACCAGAUCAUCCACCUCAACAACCACUUCGCCAAGUUCGGCAAGAUCACCAACAUCCAGGUGUCGUUCAACGGCGACCCGGAGGCAGCUCUGGUCACCUUCAGCAACCCGGCCGAGGCCAAGGCGGCCUACAAGUGCACCGAGGCCGUGCUCAACAACCGCUUCAUCAAGGUGUUCUGGCACAACAAGGAGCGCGAGGAGGCCAGCCGGCCGGCGAGGCGCUGA